CUCCACCGCCGCCUCCUUGUCCCCAGACUUGAGCCCGACAUUUUGCUCAGAGCCAAACAGGACUUCCUGAAAAUUGACAGUGCUGCGGACUUACAGCUCUUCAAGGAGCAGAAUGACAGCCUGGUGGACCACGUCCCCAAGGAGCGGGAGGCACUGCUGGAGCGAGAAUUCCAGCGGGUGACCAUCUCUGGGGAGGAGAAAUGUGGGGUGCCCUUCACCGACCUGCUGGAUGCGGCCAAGAGCGUGGUGAAGGCGCUGUUUGUGCGGGAGAAGUACAUGGGGCUGUCACUGCAGAGCUUCUGCAAGACCACGGCCCGCUACCUGCAGGAGCUCUCCGAGAAGCCCCUGGAGACCCGCGGCUACGAGGAGGUGCCCGAGACCCCCGUAGCUGCCGAUGCCCCCGUGCACCCCCCGUUUGCCGAGCAGCACCCCUAUGAGACGUGGGACCCCCGGAACAUGCCAGCAGACCUGGGCUUCGGGCUGAAGAUGGUGGAUGGUGUUGUGCAUGUCUACACCAAGCAGGACAUCACUGACAAGAGCACGGAGCUGGACCUGCCAUACCCCGACCUGCAGGAGUUCAUCGCCGACAUGAAUUUCCUCAUGGCUUUGAUCAUCAAUGGCCCCAUCAAAUCCUUCUGCUACCGCCGGCUGCAGUACCUGAGCAACAAGUUCCAGAUGCACGUGCUGCUGAACGAGAUGAAGGAGUUGGCAGCCCAGAAGAAGGUGCCCCACCGCGACUUCUACAAUAUCCGCAAGGUGGACACCCACAUCCAUGCCUCGUCCUGCAUGAACCAGAAGCAUCUCUUGCGCUUCAUCAAGCGGGCAAUGAAGAAGCACCUGGAUGAAAUUGUCCACGUGGAGAAGGGGAAGGAGCAGACGCUCAAGGAGGUGUUUGAGACGAUGAACCUCACGGCCUACGACCUGAGCGUGGACACGCUGGAUGUCCAUGCGGUAUGGGAGCCUCCCGAACCCUGGGGAUGAGCAGAGCCCCCAGCCCGUCCUUGG